CUUUCUUCCAGGCUUCAGCUGACUUCGUCCAGGCACUCUCUACACAAAUGAGCCUCUUGUCCCAUGCGAUUCGUCCAACCCUGUGAGACACUCUUUACAUAGGACGCCCACAGCACUCAUCCAACCUCUCUCGUUCUCUUCCUUGUGCCUUGGCAUCAACCGUGGAACUUCCUGCGACCUCCAGCCUCCCCCCGCAACACCUCUCCUCAAACCUCGUGCUCCGUCCCAACUCACAAUGUCCAAUCCAUCCCAACUCCUACUCCUCGCCGACCACAUUAAACUCUCUCUUCUCGAGCGCCAGCGCGCCAUCUCGCUAAAUCUAGACCUAAACCCUUCGCAAGACUCGAACAUCGCCCGCUCACUAGAAUCCUUCCGAGAAGGCAUCGAAGCCCUCUCUAACCGCUCCCCUGAAGAUGAAUCGCUGUCCCAACUUUGGAGUCAAUAUAAUGAUCUAUCGCGGCAGUUUCAAGGGGAAAGCUCUGCAACGGCCGAAGACACACUUUCUUCACCGAAUGACCCGGCUUUGAAAGAAGACUUUGAACGUGCAAAGACCCGCAAACCCAGUGACGCUGCCCAACAGCAGAGAGCCUCGAACUUGCGGAAGCAGGAUGCGGCGGUGGCGCAGAAUCAAGGCGCCAAAAAUGUCCGUUUCCGCGAUGACCCUUCGCAAGAAUCACUUGAUGUGCAAGACGAAGCGAACCGUGCGGCCCUCUUCCCUGCUCGCUAUACGGAUGAGGAGGACUCUCGCGCUCGUACCCCCGACCCCUCGGAGAGCAUGGACAACCAACAAAUCCACGUCUACCACCAACAAGUGAUUGCUGAGCAAGACGAGCAGCUUGACCGGCUGGGUGAAUCUAUUGGCCGGCAGCGGCAUCUGGCCAUGCAGGUGGGUGACGAGUUGGAGGGUCAAAUUGCUCUCUUAGAUGAAGUCGACAGGGGUGUAGACCGGCAUCAAGGUCGGCUAGAUGGCGCAAAGAGACGGUUAAAGGGGGUCGGAGAACGGGCGAAGCAGAAUUGGGGCAUGACGACGAUCGUUGUGCUGAUUGUUAUUUUGGUCUUGUUGAUUGUGUUACUGAAAUGAAGCGAGCUUACACGGUGACAACUAAUGUGUCUGGGAAUGAGCAGGCGAUCAUAUAGAUGGUAAAACGACAGGAGCUUUGGGCCCUCUUGCAAACCGGGGCCCCAAAACGAUGCGAAGCAAGAGUCUGGGAUAUUGCUGACACCCUUGGCGGUUCCUCAGACAUUGUGUGAGGUUUUCACAAGCGAGGCAUGUGCUUGCCGUACUAUGUUGCCUCGGGUGUCCCUCAGAUAUACUUGCUAGGAGUACAGUCGAGCAAGGCCAGAGAGGACAUGCGGAUGGUACCUUGGCCUUGCUCAUGAUUGAUGAAUGAGGGCGUGGUUGCGCAGGCACAUUAUGGAGAAGCCUAGAAUUUCCUGUCUGCGUGUAUCCAUAUAAUAUGUAC